GAUGCGAAACGGAGGAGGAUUGCACGAGCUUGUGAUAUGUGUCGCAAGAAGAAGAUCAAGUGCGAUGGCAAGAUGCCGAAGUGCAGUCAUUGUGAGAACUACAAGACCGAGUGCAUAUUUACACAUGUGGAGAAGAAGCGGGCGCCGCCCAAGGGAGCGAAAUAUAUCGAAGGACUGGAGAAUCGGCUGGGUCGCAUGGAGAGUCUGUUGAGACUGUCUGGCUUGCUGGCGGAGAACGAUCGAGGACGGACUGAUUUGGGUACACUGGAGAAGCGACUGGCGGAGAGAGGAAAGGUCGGAAAUGGUACGGGUAGCCCAGCAUCGCCAACAUCUCCAGCUAUGAAUCGUGCGAACAAGAACGGGAGCACGCCCAACGGGAAUGGCAGUAUUGCCUCGUCGGUGGAAAAGACGUCGGCAGAUGCUGCUCCACAGGACGUGGCCAAAGACGAGGACGGGCUUGCCGAUCAAAUGUGUAGUCUGAUCACAAACACUGCUGGCGAAACGAGAUAUAUUGGAUCAUCUUCUGGCUUCAGUAUCUUCAGUCCGAAAGGUAUCGAUUGGGUAAAUGCGAAAACCGGAGACAAGAGCUUCCAAAAGAUGAUUGCAAAACAAGGAGCAGAGGAGAAGGAGGGGUGGGAGCAUUGGAAGCCGGAAGUCUUCAACGAUUUGUUCCACCGAAAGAUUUUCAAGCCUCUGCCUGGUCGAGAAGAGUGUCAGGCGCUAUUGAAGGACUACUUUGAGAACUUCAAUUGCAUGUUUCCGCUAUUCCACGAGCCGACGUUCAUGCAUCUGGUCGACAAACACUACUCGAUGGAGCCGUAUGACGGAGCUGGAUGGUGGGCUAGCUUGAACGUCGCUCUUGCCAUUGGGCAUCGUCUUCGAGUAAUGAGCAAUGUCACUGGAUCGGAGGAGGAUGAAGUGGCCUGGGCAUAUCUCAAGAACGCCAUGGCCGUCAUGACAGAGCUGACCAUGCGGAGCAAUGAUCUCCUCUCCGUGCAGGCUCUUCUCGGUAUGGCAUUAUUUUUGCAGGGCACUCCCAAUCCACAGCCCAGCUUCUUUCUGGUCUCUGCAGCUGUACGACUUGCGCAUUCGAUCGGUCUGCACAAGCGUGGUUCCGGCUUCAACUUGAAUGAAGUGGAGAACGAACAGCGAAAACGUGUUUUCUGGAUCGCAUACCUCCUAGACAAAGACAUUUGCCUCCGAUCGGGUCGACCUCCAGCGCAAGAUGACGACGACAUGAAUGUUGAACUACCGUCGGAAAAUCCACCAGAUCACAUCGGCAGUAUUCCACUUUCCGAUGAGAAUGGCAAAUCCGGCACAAUGAACCUCUUCAGACUGAUGUGUCGAUUCGCUGGAAUUCAGUCACGCGUCUACAAGCAACUUUACUCCGUCAAAGCCAGCCGGCAGAGCGACGGCGAGUUGCUGAACACCAUUGGUGAGUUGGAUGCUCAACUGGAAGAGUGGAAGGACAGCAUACCAUUGGACUUCCGACCGGAGCAUGAGAUCAAGGCGGCGCACACGCCGUUGAUUUUGCACAUUGUGGUACUGCAUUUCGCGUACUACAAUUGCCUGACCACGAUACACCGCAUGAGUGUGCAUCAUGGAUAUUGGACGAGUCGAUUGAGCGACUACGCUAUUCAAGGGCUGAAUGCGCGGCCGCUCAAUCCGAGAGUGUUCAUGAGUGCUGCGCUGUGUGUCAACGCUGCGAGGACCAGUAUUGCGCUUAUUCGGUACAUUCCUCAAGGCGACUAUGCUUGUGUUUGGAUGAUCCUCUAUUACCCUGUCUCCGCUCUCGUCACCCUCUUUGCGAACAUCCUGCAAAAUCCACAGGAUGCUCGUGCCCGCUCCGAUCUGAAACUCAUGUCCAGCGUCGUCUCCUUCCUCACUAUGCUCGAACGCGAUGUCUCCGAGCCCAACUCCUCCGUCCGCCGAAUGCUUUCCGUCUGCGCCGAGUUCGAACGAAUAGCAAGAGUUGCUCUCGACAAAGCCGAACGUGAGAUGCGCGGACGCAGUCCAACUGGCCCCAACGGAGCUGACUACAACGCCGCCGCUCAAGCUGCGAUGCCACCACCGCGGACGGGUCACCAAUCUGGUCAUUCGCCGAACAUGCAGCAGCAACAUCCACAACCAUUCAACGCUGCGUCGUAUCCAAUGCCCAACAAUGGUGUCAAUGCAAUGGACUACUCCAACGGCCACCUCCAUCCCCAACAACAGCAACAACCCUUCACACCCGACUUCACGACCUCCGCAGGCCCAACCUUCGGCCAAUCAACCUCUCCCAUGACCGCCGACUUCACCUUCAACCCCUCCCCAUCCUCGGCACCCCUACCCGCAGAUCCCAGCGGCGCGUUUCAGCAACCUUUUGUGCCGCAGGACUUGUGGCAGAUGCCGAUGACGUUGGAGUGGGAUUGGGCGGAA